AUGCUAUAUGAGAUCAAUAACCCAUAUAUAUCUAUAUACCGCACGGCCCAGGAUCGGCUCAACAGUAGCGCUGCAGACGCCCGCGUCAUACUAACCAGCAGGCUUACACUAGCCCUAGAGACUGGGCAGGACCGCCGCAGGGAGAACGUACCUACUAGCGAUGAGCUAGGCCUAGUAAUACCUGACGCAGCAGGUGCAGAGACGUCCCGUCCCAUCGUCCUAGCGGCCCGUAACUUUAGCGCCCUGUUUACUAUCAGCGCCGCCCACCCAUCUUACAUGCCGCUACACUACGUACUGAUGUUUCCCCACAGGGAUUCUGGGUGGCGGCCGGGGCUAACGCUCCGUAACCAGGACGGAUCCCGUCUGCAGACGUCGCUGACCCAGCAAACCUACUAUCGAUACUAUCUACACCCCCGCCCUGGGCAGACUACAAAUCCGUUCCGCUUCUACAGGCUGUUUCAGCAGUACGUUGUGGAUAUCUGGGCUAUCUGCGACCAGGCCCGGCUGGCCUGGAUCCGAGCAAACCAGGCACAGCUGCGGGCAGACCUGUAUAGCGGUGUUGCUGAUGCCGUUAUGGGCAACAACAACGCCCAGGCAGGCCCUGUUGGACGCCGCGUUGUCCUGCCGUCGUCCUAUCUAGGCAGCUCACGAUUUGUCAGCCAGUGCUAUCAGGACUCUAUGGCUAUCGUCCGUCGAUAUGGCCGCCCUACCCUGUUUAUCACUUUUACAGCUAGCCCAUACUGGCCAGAGGUUGCCCGUGAGCUCCGCCCUGGGGAGACAGGCCUGAAUCGGCCUGAUCUAAUCUGCCGGGCCUUCCAUCUGAAGGUGCAGAAGCUAGUAGCCGAUGUGAAGAGCAACCUGUUCGGCACCCAUCUGGGCCACGUGUACACGAUUGAGUACCAGAAACGGGGCCUGCCCCAUAUACACCUGCUGCUGUUCCUGACCCCACACAACCGCGAGGCGUUCACGGAUCCUGUAACAAUUGAUAGCACUAUCCGGGCUGAGAUCCCUUCCCCUGUGGAUGACCCAGACGGCCUGCUUACAGAGGUUGUACGGACCUUCAUGCUUCACGGGCCAUGUGGGGAGCACAAUCUGCAGGCCCCGUGUAUGGUGCCUCAGCGCGACAGCGCCCCGCCGCGGUGCUCUAAGAACUUUCCUAAGCGUUACUGCCCAUCUACAGUGGUCCAUAAGGACGGGUACCCUGAGUAUCAGCGCUGGGAUGAUGGCCGCACGCUUGCUGUACAGUGUAAGGGCCGUAUUGUACACCUUAAUAACAGCUGGGUUGUCCCGUAUAACCCUGGUCUGCUCCUACUAAACGUCUCAGAAGCAGAUAAGGUUAAGCAGCAUCUAAACGGGCGAUAUAUCAGUCCAUCUGAGGCUGUUUGGCGGCUGUUUGAGUACCCAGUACAUAUGGAGCGGCCCACUGUAGUGCCCCUAGCGGUCCACCUACCGAAUAAGCAGAUAGUUACGUUCCCUGCUAACGCUACCACUGCAGAGUUAUCAGCCCGCCUGGAGCGAUCUGUAACUACGCUUACAGCGUUCUUCCAGCGCAACGCUGACCAUGAGUAUGGCCGUGAGGUCCUAUAUCAGGACUAUCCAUCCCAGUUUGUUUGGCACCUCCCGUCACGGACCUGGCACGUGCGUCAGCGCGGCACUGCGAUUGGCCGCAUGUACUUUUGCAGCCCGCUACAGGGUGAACGGUUCUAUCUACGGCUUCUCUUGACUACCGUACGGGGUCCACAGUCCUACGCGGACCUGCGUACCUUUAGCGGCACAGAGUAUCCUACUUUCCAGGCCGCCGCAGCUGCCCGCGGGUUACUGCUACACGAUGGAGACUGGGUAGCCUGCUUCCAGGACGCCGUUACGUUUGCCACAGGCCAGGCGUUACAGUACUUCUUCGUUGCUGCUCUCUUAAAUGGGCCUGUUACAGAUCCAGCUGCUAUCUGGGCAGCCUUCCAGGCGGAUUUGUGUGACGACUUACCUGAGGCUGCUGCUGCCCUGCUAGUAUCCGCAGAUCCAGACGCGUACCUUGACUACGGCCUGUAUCUGAUAGAAGGGCUGCUGGCAGAGUCUGGCAAACGUCUUACGGAUUUCUCACUCCCUGCGUGCCAGUUCAACUGGGGAGUACGGCUGCAGAAUCAGCUUCUUGCCGCUGAGCUGGCCUACGAUACAGACGGGCAGGACACUGCCUUCUGGGACACUGUUACAGGGCUGAAUAUGGACCAGCGCGCCGUAUUUGAUGCCGUUACUGCCGCUAUUGAGGCUGACCACAGCACUGCCCACUUCUUUGUACAGGGCCCAGCAGGCACAGGCAAGACGUUCCUCUGGCGCUGUAUAUGUGCCUACUAUCGCUCUACAGGCUGGGUGGUCCUGUGCGUUGCGUCGUCGGGUAUAGCUGCUGUCCUGCUGCCCGGCGGCCGCACUGCCCACUCCCGUUUCCGGAUCCCGUUGGAUAUCCACGACGAUUCCAUCUGCCCUGUUGCUCCAGGCUCGGAGCUUGGGCGGCUGCUGCAGGCCGCUACUCUAGUUAUCUGGGACGAGGUGCCUAUGCAGCACCGUUACUGCUUCGAGGCAGUCCACCGUAUGCUGCAGGACGUCCGUAGCUCCCCUGCCCUGUUUGGCGGCCUCCCUGUAAUUGCCAGCGGCGAUUUUGCCCAGAUCCUACCCGUCGUCCGCCGGGGCCAGCGGCCUGCCAUUGUUAACGCCUGCCUGCAGCAGUCUACGCUCAUAUGGCCGCACAUGACCGUACUGCACCUGCGUCAGAAUAUGCGGGUGCUAUCUGGGGCUGACAACACCUGUUUUGCAGCCUGGUGCCGGGGACUGGCUACCCGUGAGAUGGAUGGCCUGAUCUCCAUCCCAGACUGGAUGACCGUCUACUACAGCCUACAGGGCUUCCUGGAUCACGUCUAUCCGCCGCACCUCCUCCAGCAGGCUGCUGCGGACUAUCAGGUCCUCAACGGCCGUGCUAUACUGGCCGUACGGAACGACGCAGUAGCUGUAAUCAACGCCGCAAUGCUUGCUGCCUUCCCUGGUGAGCUAGUAGAGCUGGUUGCAGUGGACUCUGCUGAGGUUGAGGACAAUACAACACAGGAUCUGCCUCCCGUAGAGCUGCUGCAGUCCUUUGAGCCCCCGUCACUGCCCCUGUCACGCCUUCUGCUCAAGGUAGGCGUACCAAUAAUGCUUCUACGGAACCUGUACCUAAGCCAGGGGCUCUGCAACGGUACCCGUUUAGCGGUUACACAGAUAUCCUCUCGCUGUAUCCAGGCCCGCAUCCUAUCUGGCGAGUUUGUAGGCCAGCUCCGCCUGCUGCCACGUAUCAGGCUCACUUCAACCAGUAGAGAGCUCCCGUUUAUCGUCAGCCGGGUCCAGUUUCUAGUUCGCCUCUCCUUUGCAAUCACUGUAAACAAGUCACAGGGCCAGUCACUCUCUGUUGUAGGCGUUAAUCUGCGUUACGCUGUGUUUACACAUGGCCAGCUAUACGUAGCUAUGUCCCGUGUAACUACACUUGCAGGCCUGUUAAUCCUGCUGCCAGCACCUGAUACUAGCGAUGAGCCAUCCUGUACGGUCCCUAAUAUUGUAUACCUAGAGGUGCUCCUGUAG